AUGAAGGCCGCUAUCUUUAUCACUGCCCUUUUCGGCGCUGCCAUCGCUGCUCCCGCUCCCAAUGCUGUCCCUCAAGACCUUGAUACUCGCGCCAGUUGCCCUGGUGGCCAAAGCUGUGUUGGCGGUUACUGCACCGUCUACACAUGCGUGCCCGCCGGUACCAGCACUCAGUGCUUCACCUACAACCUAUACUUCACGACUGGACUGGAGUGGGUGGCGAUCUCGUGA